UAUUACAAUUUUGAUGAAAUAAGUAUAAAAUAGUGCCACCAUGAGUGAUGAAAAAUCCAAGCCCACCUCUGUGCUGCAGCACAUUGAAUCGGCGCUAUAUGUGAUCAACCAGCUGUGCAUAGGAUUUGUGACCAUUUGGGUUAGUUGGACCUGUUUGCGCCAGGGUCUUUCGGGAAUUCGUAUCCAUGCCUGGCUGGUGACCUUUGGAUUUGUCUUCCUGAUGGCCGAAGGCAUGAUGUGCUUCUACGAUGGCAGUUGGCUAACACUCCGAUAUUCCCGGAAAUACAAGACUGCCUUCCAUGUGGUUCUUCAGAUCCUGGGAGGCGGUAUGGGCGUGGCAGGCUGUCUGAUCCAGUUAAUACGUGAUGAUUGGUCCAUUAGUGUCACAUUACAUGCCCGCUUGGGUUUUGCCGCUUUCGUCCUGUGCCUUAUUUCAUUACUGAGCGGUUUGGCCGCCUUCUUGGCGAGAUCCCUCAGCCGAACCAUCUCGCCGCUGAUCAACAAGACCUUCCAUGUGGUUCUCAGCUUUGCGGCAUUCGUAAUCGCCAUGAUGGCUCAGUUCUAUGGAUACACGCAAACUGGAAUUUUCAGGGGUCAAGGAGAGGACUUCGUCAUCCUCAUGCAGGUCGUCACUAUGGUCCUAAUGGUCAUAACCAGCAUUGGAGCUAUGAAAUCGCUCUACCAGAAAUUCGGCAGCUUGGCAAGUUAAGAACGGCUGUCGUGAAUCCUACAUCCUGUACAUACUGUAUACUAAUUUAAGAUAGACAAUUUAUAUAUUUAUGGCUUAAAUUAAUGUUAAUCUAUAAACAUUUUAUACCAAACAUGUGUUUCAUAACUUUAGUUGGUAAAACUAUUAUUAAGAAAAAUUAUAAUUCCUAAAAAAGGAUAUUUUUAAUUUUAAAAGUAACUGUUCGGAAAACUUACAAUAACAAUU